AUGAAAAUACCCUCCUUUUUGGCCACGGCAUUGGCUUAUGUAACCCCCGUCCUCGGGCAAAUCAUCUCCUACACUCCCUCCGAAGGCAGUGGCAUCUCAUACUCCGUCAACAUCCCCCAACGCACUGCCGUCAAUGGUUCCGGUCCCAUCUUCUUCCAACUAACAGCGCCCCCUCCUAUCCAAUGGAUAGCCCUGGGACAAGGCGCCCGCAUGACCGAUGGCAAUUUAUUCAUCGUGUACGCCGGUUUAGGCGGGAAUAUCACUCUCUCAACCCGACGGGCCAAUGAUCACGUCGAGCCAAAGUACAACUCCAGCGUCGAUGCAUUUCUGCUCGACGGCUCGGGGUUUCAUCAUGGGAAUAUGACCGCCAACAUCCAAUGCAAUAACUGCAUGCGCUUGUUCGACGGACGGUCUAUCCUCGGUCCCCAUAGUGACUGGAUCUGGGCCAUGGCGCACGGCGAACCCAUCCUGUCGUCCAACGUCACCCACCCCAUCCCCCAACACGACUGGCACGGCAUCUUCACAUUAAACCUCACCGAAGGCGUCGGGGGAGAAACAGAAAACCCCUUCCUCAUCUCCUCGCACACAGUCAUUGACCACACCUUCAAAUCCCCACAACAGCAAAUUAGCGACGCAAGACUCCACAAGAAACGCAUCGCCCACGGCGUCAUCACCUCCGUCGCCUUCGUCCUCCUCUUCCCCAACUUCGCGCUAACACUCUACAUCCUCCCCUCACGCUGGACAGUCCCCGCCAUCCACGCCCCGCUGCAGAUCUUCGCCGUUGCUCUAGCGCUAGCCGGGUACGCCAUUGGGUUCUCCGUCGCGCACGAUCUGCAAGAGGGCAACGACUACCACCCGCUCCUUGGCCACAUCGCUGUCCUGGGCGUUGCAGUCCUCAUGCCCGUCCUGGGUAUAGUCCAGCAUCUGCGCUUCCGCAAAUACGGACUCAAAACGAUCUGGGGCGUCAUGCAUCGCUAUCUCGGACGCUUCCUCACAGCUCUCGGCAUUAUCAACGGCGGCGUGGGAUUCCACUACGCCAUCGGGAAGAACCCGAACAUCCCCCCUGCGUCGCCGAUUGCAUACGGCAUCAUCUGCGCGUCUGUGGGGAUGAUCUAUGUAUCUGUGAUCUACUGGCGACGGUCAAAGACAAAGGCCAAGAACGCCGCAGUGCAGGCGAAGGAGCAGGCACAGGCGCAGAAUGGGUCUGAGGAUACGCUGGCCGAGAACAAGACCACGCCCGUGCAAGAGCGCGCCGUCGAGGCGACGUCUGUGUCGACGGCGGUAUCGGCGUCUGGAUCGGGGUCUGUUUCGACGUCGACGUUGAAUAACCCGAGUGCCACUGGUGUCAGCGGCACCAGGGAGAAACCAUUGGAUCCUUGA